AUGGAUGCUCAAAGGGUAGGAACCUCAGGGUCCGAUUCAACACCUAGGGAUGGUAAGACCUUUACCUAUAGAGAAGAUGUUGUUUCUGGAUCAGAAGAAGGCGUAGGAUAUGCAGGGACCGCGAUGAUCGUUGAUCACCAGGCUGAGCGCGCUCUCUGCCGAAAGUUCGAUUAUCGCUUACUCCCGGUAUUAGCCAUUAUGUAUCUCUUCAAUGCUUUGGACAAGGGAAAUUUAGGCAACGCAAAGACUGCUGGCAUGGAUAAAGAUUUGGGAUUCAAGAAGAAUGAGUAUAACAUAAUCUUGAGUGUAUUUUAUGUGCCUUACGUUCUGUUUGCGCCGAUUCUUGUAAGUCGCUAUAAUAUUGUUGGCACAGAUCAAGCUCACAGGAUUUUAGGGUUUGGUUGGGAAGAAAUAUGGUCCAUCGAGAGUCUUGCCUCUUAUGAGUGAGUGAAAACCAGCUUUCUAUAAAAAAUGCAAUCGGUGUUUGACAAUAGACAGUGUUCACCUUUGGCUCUAUGACCAUUCUCACUGGUGAGUUGCGACCUUCCUUUUUAUCAAGUGUUUAUUAACAAGACAAUAGUUACUGCAACCAGCUUUGGUGGUAUGAUGGCCUUACGAUGGUUCCUGGGUAUUGCUGAAUCAGCUUUUUUCCCACUGGUGAUUUACUAUUUGACCACAUUCUACCGAAGAGGCGAACUUGCCCGUCGGCUUGCCAUUUUCUACGCGGCCAGCAAUAUUGCAAACGCCUUCUCCGGGCUUCUAGCAUAUGGCGUCUUCCACAUCACGAAUACCCACCUCAAAGAAUGGAGGUACCUCUUUUUAAUUGAAGGAGCUCUGACGGUCCUAUUCGCCGUAUUUACGUUCUUCUACCUCCCUAAAAACGCGAGCGAGGCCAAGUUUCUCAACGACGAGGAGAAAAGGCUCGCUUACCAUCGCAUCCAAACCGAUUCCUCAUCCACAGUGAAUGAAAAGUUCAACCUCAAAGACUCUCUCAAGAUCUUCGCUCAGCCAUAUACUUACGCCUUUCUCGUGAUAGAAAUCUGUCUCGGCGUUCCUCUUCAAUCAGUCAAUCUCUUCCUUCCGCAAAUUGUCGGUCUUCUCGGUUACUCAUCUGUCAAGACAAACUUGUACACUGUAGCACCCAACAUUACAGGUGCAGUGAUGCUACUCAUUCUCGCCUUUUCUUCAGACUACACUCGUCGAAGAGGCCCGUUUAUCGUCCUGGGUUUCAUAUUCACCUUCGUCGGCUUCAUCAUCUACGCCACCAUUGAUGUCAUCCAUCAGAAACAUGUCGCUUAUUUCGCUACUUUCAUGAUGUGCUGGGGAACUUCAGCUCCUUCAGUUUUGCUAUCGACAUGGUACAAUAAUAAUACUCCGCACGAGGGACGUCGUAUUGUACUUACCUCUGUGGGUGUGCCGCUGGCCAAUGUUAUGGGACUAGUAAGUAGCAAUAUUUUCACGCCAGAUAGUGCGCCGAAAUACAUCCCUGCAUUGGCUAUGACUGCUGCUUUUGGAGCUACUGGUGCUUUGGUGGCGGGGCUACUGAGUACGUAUAUGGUUUUUGAUAAUAAGAGGAGAAAUAGGAAGGCAGGACACAAAUUGGAUGUUAGGGAUGUGCCAACCGAGAUGUUAAGGGAUGGACCGAAGGUUAAGGAAUUUCGAUGGUUCUUGUAGCCUUGUUUUCUUCCAUUCCUAGAAAGAAGGAAAAUGUGUAUUUGAGAGCGGUAGAUCGUGGCCAUGAUAAGGGGAAGCAUAAAUUUGAAAGGUUCGCGGCCAUUUGUCAGAGCAAGAGUGUGUUCGGGGCUGCUGUUUAUAU